UUAUCUAGAAGCGCAUCAUUUAAUCUCACGUUUCCUGAGUCUUGUUCUAUAAAAGAGUCAGUCAGCUGCUCAACAGAGGCCGAAAGGAGAGGAGCUCAGGAGAGCCCCAGAGGCCUGAAGAAUUCAGGUACCAAGAGAUGUUUCUAGUUGGGAGCCUCGUUGUCCUUUGUGGGCUGCUGGCCCAGAGCUUGGCCCAGCUGGCAGGGGUGCCCUUGCCACUAAACUAUGGCCUGCCCAUGUCCGUGGGUCACUGCCGGCCCUUGCACCUGGGCCAGAGCCAGCCCUAUGGGAUGACCCCAGUCAUAUCCACAUAUCCUACAGAACAUCUUGCUAGAAACUUCAGAGAUGGUUUCAGACAAGGCCUGUUGUCUGGGGGGAUUCUGGGAUUUCUGGAACACAUGCCUCUUCUGAGCUAUGUGAGACCUGCAGGAAGCAAUGCUGGUGGUCUGGUCGGAAUGCUUGGAAAAGUGAUUUCAUCAAUCCCUCUCCUGAACAACAUCCUGGACAUAAGAGUCACUAAUCCCCAGCUGCUGGAGAUUGGUCUUGUGCAGAGCUAUGACUUCCACCGCCUCUAUGUCACGAUUCCUCUGGGCUUUGAACUCAAAGUGAACACACUCGUGGUUGGAAGUUUGGUGGAGCUGGCUGUGAAGCUGGAUGUUACUGCAGAAGUCUAUGGUGUGAGAGACAUUUAUGGGAGGAGCCGCCUGGUCAUUGGUGACUGCAUUCACUCUCCUGGCAGCUUGCGUAUCACCCUGCUUAAUGGGCUCAGUCCCCUCCAAAACCUGAUAGACAGCCUCACAGACAUCUUGACUAGAAUCAUUCCUGGCCUGGUGCAGGGUGUGGUGUGUCCUCUGGUCAAUGGGAUUCUCAGCCUCUUAGAUGUCACCCUGGUGCAUGAUGUUGCUGACUUGCUGCUGCAUGGAGUACAAUUUGUCAUUAAGGCUUAAACCUUCUAAGAAAGGACCUGCCUCUGCUGAGAUGAACCAUUCCUUGCUGCUCUGUCGACUUCUUCCUGCCCAGCUUCCCAUGGCUCACAGAAGGGAGUCCGUGUCCUGGAAAAUGAUAUGGCCAUCUUCUCAAGGGACCUCCUCUUCUCCUCUCUCAGGCUUGAUGAAUAUUCUGUGUACAUCACUAAAUAAAAUGUCUCUACUUCUUCA